AUCUUUUGUUGCCAAAGUAGUAGUGUGUUUUUAAACCUGGGAAUUUCUUGCUCCACAUUAAGAGUAGCCUGAACUUAGUCUGUGGUAUCUUUACCCUAGGCAAUGGUUAUUUCUCUUAAUAAGAGUAACCUGAUAACAGGACUUGCUACUAUGGGAAUUUAUUAUUCCCCAGUAAGAAUACCUUGGGACAGGAGCACUCCCAAAAUCAUUGUCUUUGUGAGAAAGUUACUACAGAUUUUCUUUAGGGAAAAGUUACUCUCCCUGUCUUAAAUACCUAACUUUAAGCCACAAAAAAGUAGGAAGGCAGAACUUUUAACUGCUUUGUGCCUUACUUACCAAGGUGUUUUGGUUUUUUUUUAAAUAAGAACCAAAAUAGAAGACCUCACUACACUUUUGAACAUCCCUUUAAAAAAUCACAAAACAAUGUAUUAGUUUUCAGAGUUAAGUACUUCAUCACUUGUUUUUCAAAUUAGGCAUUUGCUAUCUCUAAGGAAGAAGUUCAUUACUAUUUUGAAGUCCACUGCAUUUGUUUUUGCAAGAAAUAUUUUAUAGAGGUGUUUCUGAUCCAUUGCUUCUGUCAGCAGCAACUUGCCAUUUACCCUUCUUUAACUGGGGGGUUAGAGGACAAAGAUAGGCAAGGAGGUAAUGGCAGUAUGACUUCUUCAUGCGUCACGCUGCCAAAGGAAGAGAGCAUGUAGGGAGUAAUGGAGGGGUCAGAUCCCUGUGUGAUUGCCCUGGGAUCCAUGAAACUUUUUGACAGAUCUCAGAACAUCCAUCUCAUUCAAGGAUUCUCCCCUCCAUGGCUCUACAAACCACAACCUGGAAUAAUGCUUCAGGAACUCCAUGAAUUAAGAGUUUCUUGUAUUACUCUUCACCUCCUGCAUCUUUUUCUGUUGGUGGAUAUAUCCAAUCUUGGAGUUUAACAUUUGAGAGUAAGGCCGAGUAAGACUGGUACAUGAAGAAGAAGUAAGCUCUGGGUGACUGACUGAGUCUGGCUGACUCUGGGUGUUCUUUCUGAAAAAUAAGAGAUUCCUUCAGGUAAACUUUUUUUCAGGAUAAAGAUAUUUAGAAGCAAGUUUGGCUCAAAAUAAUUUUACUGAGGACUAAGACAUUCUUGGGAAAGAAGGCUUGCCUCUAUAUUCUGUGGCACCAGUCCUUCCUCUCAGUGGCUGACAUGGGCAAAUUUUCUCUACUAAAACUUCUUUCCCUAACGUGAUAAUCAACAGUCGUGGCUCUGGCAGCAAAAAAUGACAAGAACUAUUUAUAAAAGAUGUUAUGUUCUUGUGAUAACCCAAAUGUUCUGUACCUAGUCUUCCACAAACAUGAGUGAGAUAGAUCAGAAGAAGUUGGAAGAAGAUACAAGGAUUUGGCUGAAGCAACAGCGCUUAAAAGCUGCAGAACGCAUUAGCUGUCAGUUAAGACUUGGUGAGUUAAGAUAUACUGUCUAUGCCAUAUAUAUGUGGAAACAAGCUUGGGCAAUAAAAACAAUUGCCACUAUCUGCAAAUCUUACUGUUACAGCUAAAUCUUUGUCUACAAAAGUAUUAAACAAAAGAUUUGAGAGACUCAAAUCCAGCCACGUACUCUAUUUAUGAAUAAACAAGAAUGUGAUUGCACCACAGAAAUAAUGGGUCAGGUUCUGGUUCCUUCUCUAGCUGCUUUUGCGUCAUUUUGGUUGAGCAAAGCAGCUGUAAAGUAAGCAGAUCUGGCUUCCUAAGGAUUCUCCUACACUUGAAAAUCCUUGGGAGGACUGUAGCAUCUCUUAUGCCACACAUCAUGCUGUCUUUCAAUGCAUGGGCCAUUCCUAUAGGAAAGGGGCAUCGCCAGUGUGUCCCUCCACUCCCUUGAUUUCCUGGGUGCCAGUAUGGCUUUUUGGGACAGUAGGUUGCUGGAUGUGAACAAGAGCGGUCCUUUGUCAGCUCUAAUUUAUGCUGAGGAAUGGCCCAGUCCCUGGUUGGCCCAGAAUCUAGGGAUUCUAAUGAUGAAUAAUACCUAUAUCUGAUACCAUACUUUUCACUGUGCUUUUUUUCAUCGAUCUCAAAGCACUUGACAAAGGCAUUACGUAUCAUUAUCUCCAUCUUUUCAGAUAAAAUGCCACCUGAAAGCAAGCAAACACAGAUUUGCAAAAUGGAAGGAUGUGGGCUAAAUGGGUCAAAUUUAUCCCUGAUGUCAUUCCACUGAAGUUGGGGGAGUUAAUACCCUGGAUGAAUUUGGCCUGCGGUUUCAUUUGUUACUACAGAUGUCUCUCACAUAACUGUCACAGUUACCAGGCUAACUGUGCUUCUGACUCACUCCUGAUUUCUGAGUUCCUCCCCUCUCACAUCUCAUCAUGUACGUUGGGAUGGAAUCACCUAAUUCUCCAACUUUCAGACUAGGUCUGACUUAGUUUCAGUUCCUGCAGUUCUUUUUCCUCUAGGAACUAUGACAGGGGUACCCAAUGAUCAGACAUCUUAAAGGAAAGUUUUUAUUUUUUUUUUUAAAAAGCCUUUCAAAGAAAAAGACCGUAAAACAAUAAAACAGACAAUAUUCAUGUCUAGCUAUCCCAUGUGUCUGUCCAUCUUCCAGAUGGGGAUCCUGGUAGACCUAAGCUUCCUAUAGGCACCACAAGGCUGCUAGGCUCUGAGUGACAGUCCCUUCCAUUAAAUCACAAAUAAAUUCUCUAUGUCUGCUGCAGGGAGUUUUCUGUCUUUAAAAGCUGCUCAGUGCUUUAAACACACACUCACAGGAAUUGUCACCUUUAACCAUUUAGUGUCUCUUUUGAUCUCUAGACUCCCAGUCUUGGCAGAACAGAUGCAUAACUUUAGGCUGGAACCUGGAAGUAGGCCAUUGUCUUGUAAUUGCUGCCCAGUUGUUGGGAGGUUGCUUACAUAGAGCCACUAUGUUGUCCUUUCCUGCUUGUCUUUCCAACAGUCCACUAUUAAGAUAGACCAGUACAUCCAUACAGGAAAGUUAAAUUAUCUAUUAUAGCUAUACAGUGACUUUACCUCACUGACCAGGCCACAGAUAAUAUUCACACAAUUAUUACAUAUCAGUAUGCUCAGAUUAUUACCUAGCAGCUCCAUGCCUGCCAUCGUAAUGUCCACAAAUUUCAUUCACAUGUUUUCACCUUUCAGUAUGAAAUUUAAGAAGUCACUGUAUGCCAUUAUUUCCUGCCAUAGGCUCUGAUCCUACAGUGAGUUCUCUGCAGUUAGACCUCUGUACCUGUCUGGAGACCCGCUGAAGUCAGUAGGAUUCUGUGCAGAUCUCAUAGGAGGACUGAAUCCAUGCUGCUUAUUGUCCUUUUUUGUUUAUUUUGUGUUUUUUUAUAAAAAAAAAAAAUCAGGUAAAAUAUAUCUGAAGAAAAUAAUGUGCAAAUAAAUGAAAGAGAAAUAUAUAUAGCAAUAUCAUACCAACUGCAGCUUAGCAGUAAUUAUGGUUUGUUCUGCAGGAAUGUUCUGCUGUUUUCAAAUUAACUUUUUACCUUAGGAAAUCUGAAAAAUGUCCUGGUUAGUAUUGCUGUAUCUCCUAUCUGAAGCUAGAAAUGAAACAGCUACAGGAUUCCUUAUUCGAUGUAUGCUCUUAAAUAAAUUGGUUUGCAUGUGAAAAUGACUAGUUCAUAUAAUAACUCUGACAGACUGGCUCCCGAAAUGGUGCAUUUUCUUAAUGAAACUUACAACAUAGUAGCAACAGAGAUGGAAUUGUUAUUUGCUACACAUGAGGCAUGGAAAAAGACAAGAUGCAUAUUGGUCCUGACAUACCCUCACCUAUUCUAAAUUGCUCUGCAAGUGAUAUACUGGGAGACUCAAUCUGUGCCAUAAUCUCAUUAGAUUAUGAUAGUAUGUUAACUGUGUGUGAAAGACUAAGUGGAAAAUUACUUCCAAAGACACUUAGACAGUUUAUCUGGACUGAUAAACUUUUAAAAGCAGAUACAAAAGUUGACAAGUUUGAAAGAAUAACAAUUCUCGAGAGAGAAGCUAGAGUGAAGUUUGGACAAACAGUGGAGCACCGAAUUGCUGAACUGAAAAUUAGAAGUGCCACCCGAUCACCAAUUUCAGGCCUUAUUGAAAAUGCAGUUGUGGAGAAAUAUGAAAAGACACCCCGUAUGCAUUCUUUUGCCACAAAUAAACAAAUGAUUUCAGAGACCAGCAAAACCUUAAAUGUCCUCUAUGUUUUCAGUGGCACAUAUGAACCCUACCUAAUCUAUUGGCUUUUUCCUUUGCAAAUGGCAUUUAAGCAAAUAAUGCCUACAGCUGAACAUCCCUAUGAAUUGGCUAUGUACCUACAUUGCCUACAUCAAAACUUAUUCCCAUCAUGGACAGAGAUCUUUGCAAUGGCUGAGUGGAUGAUGAGCCUUCUGGAGAGAGAGGACACUGAAUUCUUCACUCAUCUUCAAUAGUGUUUCAGAAAGAAUUUUUCAGUUGAACCAAAGGAUUUCCUGGUGGAGUUGAUAGUUUGAGAAGGAGAGAGAGCUCAAGAACUGUACACAGCCACAGACAGAUCUGAGCAAAACAAACAUCUAACCAAGGAAUUGCUGGCAAGCCCAGUCAUUUUCCUCAGAAAAUGGAUGGGUGAAGUAAGAAAUCCUAAUUUAUGUGAAUGAAUUAAAAAAAACAAAAAACAAAUGCAGAGAUUGAUUCUUGUCUCACUCACACUGUUGUAAAUCAGAAGUAACACUGAUUGCAUCUGGAGUAGUUGUUGUUGUUGUUAUUAUUAUUAUUAUUGUUUUAUAUAUGUUACCAUAGCAUCUAAGAGCCCGAGUUGUGGACCCAGGACCCCAUUGUGCUACAUGCUGGACAAACACUGUUUUUUUUUCUGUCAAACACUGCCCACCUACCAUAACAAUCUGAAGCUUGUUUCUGGGUAUCAUUAACAAAGUGUUAAACCAUACAGGUACCUAUGUGAGUAGGAAGAGCAAGAUUUGGUGUUUUACAAAUUAGAAAUUGCCUAAUAUAUUUUUAAUACAAUAAAUUUCAUAA